UCAAACACCCCCUCUGAUCUGCACGACCCUCACUUUUGUUCUCAUGGAAAUCAGAGCCAGCCUCCCGGCCACACUUUCUGCAGAGAUCCAAAGUUAAAGGCGCAUUCCCGGCCGGGACAGCUCGUGAUCAUGAUGUUUCGGUGGAGCUGAUCGUUUCUCCCCGUGUGCGUGUAUUCUUUGUCGCUGUUUCUUGCCGCCGCUCUCUAACCGGACACUUUUUUGUUUUCCUUUCCAACAUGCUGGAUUUGACGCAGGGAAUUGUUUUCUGCGCGCUCCUCGCCUCCGUAUACGCGUCUUGCCCUCCUCGCUGCGAGUGCUCAGAGGCGGCUCACACCGUGAAGUGUGUCUCCAAAGACCUGCAGAGUAUCCCGGCUGGGAUCCCGGGAUACACGAGGAAUCUGUUUAUAACGGGGAAUCAGAUCAGCCGGAUCGGUCCGGAGUCUUUCAAAGGGUUGGAGAAUGUUACCAACCUAUCUCUGAGCAAUAACAGAAUUUCUGAGGUGGAAUCCCUCACCUUCAAAGGACUGCACAGGCUUCGCUCUCUGGAUCUGAGCAACAACCAGCUGGCUGUUAUUCAUCCUGAGGCCUUUGCCGUCCUGAACCAGUCUCUGCGGGAGCUCAACCUGAGCCGAGCCCUCUACAACCACUCUGCAGUGACCAGCUUGAGCACGGCUUUCCACUGGAGCUCCCUGGAGACCCUGAGAGCACUGGACCUGUCGGACAACAGUCUCAUCUUUUUGCCCCCGCGCAUUUUCUCCUACCUGAGCAGCUUGCGGAUGCUCCGGCUUUCCAACAACUCCCUGGUGGCCAUCCACAACUCCACCCUUUCGGGUUUAGAGCAGCUGGAGGUGCUCGACCUGACGCUCAAUGCCCUCAAGACUCUGUCAGAAGAGGGCCUCCAAGAGCUGGACUCCCUGCCCAGAGCUGCUCUCCUGCUGGGAGAGAACCCGUUCACGUGCACAUGUGGAAUUGAAUCUUUUGCUCAGUGGCUCAACAGGUCACAGAAUCGCAUCAGAGACGUCGAGAGCCUCGCGUGCGUCUUCCCGGCCAGCAUGAGAAACACGUCCUUGCUUGCCGUGGGGACGAUGACUCUGGGAUGCCACGAGAGAGAUGCUGCCGCAGAUCUCGCUCUGCAGACCUCUUAUGUCUUCUUGGGUAUAGUCCUGGGCUUUAUCGGCCUCAUCUUCCUCUUUGUACUCUACCUCAACCGCAAAGGCAUCAAGAAGCGAAUCUAUGACAUGCGAGACGCCUGCAGGGAGGUGUGGGAAGGCUACCAUUACCGCUUCGAAAUGGACUCUGACCCCAGGUUAUCACAGGUCUCCAACAGCGCUGAUGUGUGAGAGGACAUUUUGCUGUAUUUUCUGAUGAGACAGACUUUCUCACCCCCACACAUAUAUAUAAGUAGAAAAGUGUAUAAAAUGUACAGAUGUGUAAAUAUAUACAAAGCAACAUGUUCAGAGCCUUUGAGCCAUGGUGACUGAAGCAUGCACUGUUAUCGGCUAUCGCUAUUCCUUUGCUGUCCCGAGUGGGCACGAUUGUUCCAAAAAGACUAUGCCGGCUGACUUUUCUUAUAUCUGCUCCUGCUCUUUAUGUACUCCACAAAAGUAACAGCAAGUGCCUAAAGUCAGGUAUUGUUUUCCACAUGGCACAGUCAUUCAGUAUUUAGCUGUUUGAAAAGAAGCAACAAAACGCUGCCAUACAAACUCGACACUAUUAAAACAAACCUCUGGGAAUUUAAAGCACAAUCACUCAUUCAUCUUUAAACCAUUUCACCUCCUCCCUCCCAGGGUGCUGGAGGGGAAUUAAACCACCAGAAAGCUUUUCCAAACGCUCUCCUUAAAAAUAAUAAUAAUAAAAAAAAUAUCACCGCUCCGCUCCUCUUUGGCAGUCGGAUAAGAGGGAGGGGUGGACAAUCCAGCGCAGACCAGCGGAACUCUACC